AUGCAAGACUUCCUCGCAGCAGCUUCAUCACACACUGCUGCGGCCAAUGCCGCCUCAGUACGUGGAUCACCUUUGAUCUCUGUCGCUGAUUCCUCAACGGCAGGCGAGUUUGAAUCAUGCUGCCGUGCACUCAGUCACAAGGCCAACAAGACUGUCGUGGAGCAACUCCCAGUGCUGCAGAAUGGCUCCGUCGUUGACCUCUCACGCAACUACGUUGGCGCUGCUGGGUUGCAGGCGAUUGCGGUCGUGCUUCCACACAACCCAAAGGUAACCGAGGUACGCGCGCCGCGCAACGGCAUCACGAAUGACGCAGUCGUUUUUCUCUGUCGCGCUAUGCGAGGUCACCCGAAGCUGUCCAUGUUGGACUUGUCCGACAACACGGACGUUUCUUUGGCCGGCGGGCUUGCUCUUUUAAGCCUGGCACAACAGACGCCGUCCCUUCGUGUUGUGAAGUUGAACGGCACCCAUGUACCUGCAGCCGUGCUGCAUAAGUUGACACGUGCUCUUGAGUACAAUGCAUCGCGCCACGACACCAUCUCGGUUCGCGUUGUCGCCUCGCAGUCGACUGCAGCUGUAGUUGCCCCACCUUCCGCGUCGCCAUCGCGUACUGCUGCGGCGACGGCUGACGAGGCACAGAUACUGCAGACUCUUCGAGCAAGGGUCGAGGCGGCGCUGGAGGAGGGCUAUCUAUUCCCUCCAGUAUCCCCGCAAACAGGCUGGCGUGUUCUCGAUGUGCCUAUUCUGGCACCCCCGCUACUGUUUGACACUGAGGUGCGUCUGUUGUGCGACGUGGUGUUUCCGCGACUUAACCAGGAGUUCUCCUCGUACCGGGUUAUUCUUCGCCCUGUCGUCGUCAGCGGCGGUGCAGGGGUAGUCAAAGGCGAUGACGAGACAAGUGAUGGUGCGGUGCGACUGCGGCCCCACCGCACAUCCGAGUCGUACAACCGAGCAUUGUACUUUUGCCCAGCCUGCAACGUUACCUCCGUCGUUGAGCGCGGGCGAUUUGCUACGAUAGAGCUCGUAGGCGACCGCCCUGGUGACUACGUGCAACUCUCUGCCAGUGCGAUGCUGAGGCUGCAGGGGGUCACGCAGUCCGCCGCUCAUCGUCUGGAGAGCAAUGACGACGAUGAGCCCAAAGAAGCCGCCACACCGCUUCAGCCGGUUCUGUACGAGGCACACGAAGCCGCGCUACGCUGCACACGCUGGCUCCUCGUAGCAACGCGACGCGACACGCGGACGCUUCAGAUGCCUGCGGCACUGGCACCGCUGCUUACCGCCGACCCAAGCAUUGCGCAUCCAGAUCGCCACCGAAGCGUCGUACGCGCGAUUGUCAUCGGUGGCGAGGGCCCGUCUCCGAGUACUGCCACAGCAGAGAAGACGGCGGUUGUAUCUUCGUCCGCAGCUAUCCCCACCUCGCUCGAGUGGGACUAUGCAACGGAAGAGUACCAUUGGAGGCGGCAUGUGGCUUGGCGUGAGCAUGUUGUGGCCACAGCGCCGGUGGCGGAGCUUGUCGUGCCGCAGUACACCGCUACCUUUGACGGUAUAGACCUGCAGGGUGGCGUGCGACUGAAGCAGCUCGAGGGAUUCCAGAUGGCUGUGUAUACUCGACUUCGCACUGUUGUGGAGGCCUGUGUCGCCGCGGAGGCGCGGAAGCGUGGAGGCGCGGAAGCGGCCGAGUUCGCCGUAGGGUCAAAGUCGCUGAGCCUGCUGCUGCGGAGCAUUGGAACGCAGCGGGCGUGGGACGUGACCUAUUUACAGUCACUGGCCGCUACCAGCGGCGGGGCGGCGAAGAAGAACCUCAUAAACCGCAUGGUCCUGUACGCUGCCAACCCGCCUAGCCGCAACAUGUUGCUUUUGCACGGAACGGACGCCGCUGCCCUCAGCAAUCUCAUGGCACGCGGCGCGACCCGCCUGCAGACCCUUCAGCACGCUUACACAUUGGCCGCGUACACGACACGCUCAUCAUUAUUGCACGAAGAGCCGACAGAGCUUCGUAGCGUUAUGACUCACGUCGUGUCUCAACUGACGAAAAAUGCCGCGGUGCUACGCUACGUGAAUGCCGAGGUAGACAUGGAGCGCUUGAGCGCGUUCUUCCUGCAGCUCAUCUCUGGCUCUGUGUCUAGCACAAACACUAGCAAGCUGGUGCAUACCAGCGCUGCGACGGCGAGUGCUGUCACGGUCAUGCGUGAGGCAGGGCUACCAGACUACGUCGCCCAGUACACUUUGGGGGCCGACGGGGCAGUAGACGCUGGCAGCACGGCCUCGACACACGCCUUUGUUGUUCUGCUGGACGGCUUGGAGGGGUUUGAGAUGCCGGUCCAACCAUGUGGUGCCCUUGUGCACCCUCCAGGGAGUGGCGGCAAUGGUACUGCUGGAGGCGGCGCCGAGCCCACCAACUGGUCGACAGAGAUGAUCACCACUCCGGCACCGUGUUCGGCCGCCCCGUCAGCUGCGACGCUCAUCUCCAAGACUCAGCCCAAGUUACAUACGACGCCAAUGAAUGCGCUGCUGCCUCGUGCACUUGCUCGCCAUGUCCGCCUCAUCGCCAGCUGUGUGUCGAGCAGCCCUGCCUUUAGGACUCUUUCCCACCUUGGUCGCGAUAGUGUGGAAAUGCUCAGCUUUGGGGCGGUGUCGGCAAACGAGGUGGAGCAGUAUCUGUCCCCAGCUUCCCUCGCGCGCGUCGGCCUCGUCUUCUCCGAGGACGAUUUCGAAUGCGCUCGCAGCAAGCGCGAUGCCCCGAAUGCGGAGUACAUGAACUACCUGCUCGACGCCACACGCAGCGUGCAUGAGGCGCCUGGUUUUCUGACGCAGAGGCAAGCGAUUCAGGCGUUCCCGGACACUCUCCAGGAGGCCGCGCAGGACGUGUACGGUCGCCUUAUUCACGCCUUUGGCCUCCCAGUCACCCGCCAUGUUCUGGGGUUGCUGAUGGCGUCUCGGUGGGGUCUGUUGUUGCCGGAGCUGUGUGACCUGCUGCCCAGCUUAUCCACGUGUCGACUGCAGGAGCUGCUGCGGUUGCUGCGGCCUGCCCUCGAGCCGGAGGCACCCACUGAGGCAGCGGAGGUGAUGGGUGUUAGGAGCGGCAACGUCCUCCUUGGUGCCGCACGCCUGACCGCCCCGUCAUUCCUCGAGGUGGUGAAACGCGGGUCCCUCAGGCUAGUGGCAGACGAGCUGCAGGUCGAGAAUGAUCAAAGCGUCUGGCAUGGGCAACUGGCACAGUACUAUCUCUCUAUUGUAUACCGAUGGCUGCGACCUGGCGCGGCAGCGACCACAGGGCCCACUAAGGUGCGUCGCGUGGACGAUGCGGCUGCUGCUGAGGCGUUUACUUGCCCUGACACGCAGGCGCUGCAGCGGCGCGCCAUGAAGGAGGUGAUUUACCAUAUGACACGGAGCGGCGGCUUUUGGUCGAAGAUGGAUGUGACGAUCUUGUCUAUACCGUUCUUGGAGCAGGUGUACGUGUCCGGGCUGGGCUACGCAUACUUGCGCGACCUUACGGCAGCAUUUAACGAGCGCUACGAGCGCCACCUCUUCGGCAAGGAUAUCGAGGAGCCCUCGUGGCAGCAGCAGCAACAGCAGUCCGCCAUUGAAAGCGUCAGGACGGGGAUCGGCGCGAUGGCGGCAGGCGAUGUACAAACGAGGAGUACGUCCGACUCGGCCGGGUCGAGUCGCUACGCCCUUCCGGCAGUGCUGAAUCGCAUGCGCGACUACGUCUGCUUUGCCCACCAGUACGGUCUGCUUCUGUCCUUGCACCCGACUCUUCUUGUGCAAGUCGCUUUGCAGAUCCCGGCGAACCUCUUGAACGCUGUGCAACGCGAUGCCGUCGGUUACCUCUACCGUCAACAGCAGGAGAACGGCGGAUAUGGACCGGACAGGGGAUCCCUGUCACGCAUUAUUUUGACCCCCGUGACGUCUGCGGUAGCCACAGCAGCGGGGAAGCCGUCGACUCACUUGGGCCCAAUUAGGUGUGCCGCCUUUCUGCCAAAUCGUCGCUUCGUGGUGACGGCUAGCAGCGAUCGCUCGCUGGCUUGGGUAAACCCGGAGAGCGGAACGGCGGCGUGGUACGCCCGGCAGCCGACGGCAGCGGUGGAGUCUCUCACGGUGUGCCGCACCAGCGCUUACGUCGCUUCCGUGUCGGAGGAUCGCACAGUGUGGGUGCACGACGGCCUGCAGGGCACCCUCGUCUCGCAGUUCCGCGGUAGCAAGUGGUUCGAUGCCCCCAUCGCAUCCCUCACCUUCUCGGCUAGGGGGCGCUAUCUCUGGGUUGUGACAACCGACGCACGCGUGCGCUGCUUUGCCUGCGAGUCUGGCCGGCUGCGGUGGACGAUGGGUUUGUCGGAGCUGCUGCAGGAAAACGUCGGCGAAUUAUUGCCCAAGGAGGAGAAGACGCAUCUGGUGGGUGCAGAAGCUACCGCGACAGAGGAGAGGAUGCACCUCAACUCUGCUGAGUGGCGCCAUCGCCGCCACUACCUCCAUGUGCUCGUCGACGCCGAGGACGACGAGGUCUGCACGACGGUUGCGGCAACGGAGCUGCGACAGUGGCGUCUGCGUCCGUGGGAUGAGCCGAGUCCCACGUCAGAAGAAGGUCACCAGCCAACAACCGCGGACACCGCCGCCAUUGCGUGCGAAAUGACAAUGAGGUGCUCACUUAACAGGUCACAGGUGUGUGCCUCGAAUGGCCCGUUGGGGUAUAAGCUCAUGGAGCUAUGGGAAUCAGCUACUGUGCGGUCACACUACAUGUGUGUCCUGGCGGCACCACACAGCGAGCCAGAGGUGCAGCUGCUCACACUGCAACAAAGCGAUGGGACUGCCCUGGUGGUGGUGCGGUGCUUACUCGUCGUACCUUCGAGCAACCACCCAGGCACGACGGCAGCGGCACAUGAAGUCUCCUUGAUGCGCACGUCUCCUGAUGGCCAAUGGGUCGCCGUCGGCAUGACGGGCGGUGCUGUCAACCUCUUCUGCAUUAGCGCCGCGUAUUGCGCGUGGCAGCAGCAGCAGCAGAUACAUGCAGCGGUUGUCUGCAGGCCGACGUGCGUCUACACAAGUCUGAUGCCUACGCCAGGAAUGUCGUCGGCACCGCUGCGCUCUCUUGCGUUUCACCGUGCAGGCCAUAUUUUGUUUGCACUGGGUCAUAGCCUCGUCUGUUGGCGCCUGCCCGACGCCUCCGCAGUGACGCUGCAGACCGGAGCAGCGGAGUCCGUAUACCACACCCCAGAUGGCGAGUACUUGUGGACCCACACACCAACGUGCCUCGCGGUAUUGCCGCCACCGACGCCAAGCAAGAGUGAUGCGGAGCUGCCUCACAACAUUGCCGAAGUAGCCGUCGGCGAUGCCAGUGGCCGCGUGACGCUGCUCACGUGGUGGCGGCAGUUCCUCUAA